AUGAGUCAGCAGCAGCAGGUCAGUUAUGAGUGUGACAGUGGAGGACAGUGGGAUGGUGUGGGGGAGGGAGGGGGGUGGGGAGGGGAGGGGGGCUGGGGCUGUGAACAUAAAUAUAGCAUUGAGGAGCAAGGUUCACAGCACACAGACAGACAGCAACAGACGGCCACCACCCUCCCAUCACCUCCACCACUACCCACCAGUCACACCCCCUUCAUGCACCCAGCUCUGGGUGUGCUGAGGCACUCACGGAGGCCACCAUGUAUGGUCCUGGAUCUGUUCAAUGAUUUCCGUGAUGGCUCCAAACUGCUGGACCUGCUGGAGGUGAUGAGCGGCCAGCGCCUCAGUCGGGAGAGAGGCAGGGGAAUGUUUCAGCACAGGAGCAACAUUGAAAAGGCCCUUUCCUUUCUAAAGCAGAAAUCGAUCAAACUAGUCAACAUACACAUUCCUGACAUUAUUGAUGGUAAACCGUCGAUCAUUCUUGGCCUUAUAUGGACAAUCAUUCUACAGUAUCAUAUUGAGGAGUUGGCCAGCAGCCUCUCGUUCAGUUCCCGCCAGUCCUCCAUGGAGUCCUUGGCCAGUCUGGAUUCGCGCUCCACCCUGUCAAGCCACUCGGCCAGCAGCAGUCCUCUUCCUCCCAGAGGCUCACCACUACAUAACCGUUUCAGGGUUUCUGCCAGGAAGGCCCUGCUGCUGUGGGUUCGGGAACAGUGCCACAAAGCUGGCUGUUCCAUAAAUGUGAAAGACUUCAAAGCCGGCUGGAGGAGUGGAGUGGUCUUCCUGGCCAUCCAGUACGCUCUGCGCCCUGACCUGGUGGAUCUGUCCAAAGCCAGAACCAGAAGCAACAAGCAGAACCUGGAGGAGGCCUUCCACAUCGCAGAGAAGGAGCUGAGGAUCCCCCGACUGCUGGACCCCGAUGAUGUGGACGUUCGGGACCCUGAUGAGAAGUCCAUCAUGACCUAUGUGGCCCAGUUCCUGCAGUACUCCAAAGACCUGCCAGUGCCAGAGGAAGAAACGCAGACACCGUACCUGACUCUUCCUAAAAGUCCUUCUCCUAUCAACCUGCCUGUUCACUACACUCCUGCUAUUUCUGCUUCACCUCUGCGACAGGCGACACCUAAUCAAAAGGCACAGGAAGUGACCUGCUGGCUGGUUCAGGCCUACGACGAGCUGCUAGAGGGAUGGGACUCCACAGAGGGAGAGAGCUACUCCGAGAGAUACCACGUAUUUCAGACCUUCCUGGUGUCCUUUAAUGAGCAGCGACGUCCCAUCAUGCCAUUGUUGACAGCGAUGAGACGAACCUCGAAACUGAGUGAGGAGCAGCAGUCCCUCAGAGAAGCGUGGGACACCCUCACUGAAAAGUUACGUGAAUACAAAGUGUUGUUAGACAUGAGUCUCCCAGCGCCCUUGGACGCAGUGGCUCACUGGCUGCUGAAAACAGAGAAGGCUCUGGCUGAGGAGGAGGGCGAGCCCCAGGACCACGGCCGAGCCGCUGACGACGCCAGGGAGAAACAGGAGCUCCUCAGGGCCUGCCCGGAGGAGAUGCCGCAGCAUGUGAAGACCUUCCAGUCCUUCCAGAACUUAGAUGAGUAUGGAAACAUGAUGGUUCCAACUGACAAGAUGGAGGAACUAAAGAGGAGGUUCACCAGUGUGAGAGUGACUGUUAAAUACCACGGGAUCAAGCUGGAGUACCGGGAGCACAAGCACACAGUUUUGGAUCUGUUGGGGCAGAUCAGGACCAAGCUGCGGCUCUGGAAGAGACCCUACAUCUCCCCGGAGGCUGUCAGAGUGUUGCUGCAAGAAUGGCAUGACGUGGUUAACACACAGGAGCUACCGUCUUUACUGGAAGCAGCUCUUCAUAAGCUAAAGCAGGUUUCUGAGAAAUAUUCAAGAAAAUCUGCCCUCGCUGCAGAUUACCACCAAGUCAGUCAGCAGGUGAAGCAGCUGGAGGAGGACACCGCCCAGGUUUUGGAAGAGGUGACCACAGCCAAGAGCACCCUGGGAAGGGUGCUCUUGGCCUGGGACUCCUACAGCGAUGACCUCAGCUCCCUGCAGGCUUGGCUGGAGCAGGGCUCUUCAACACACAGCCAUGGCCACAGACCUCUGGUGACGUCUGAGUCUCUGGCUGAGUGGGGCUCCAGACAGGCCCACCUGAACGAGGUGGGUAACUUCCUGAUGGAGGCAGCAGACCCUCAGACCAGCAGGAGCCUUGCAGAGGAGCUGCGCAGACUCAACAUGCGCUGGGCUGAGUUCAACAAGAGAAACACAUUCGACAGCACAGCUGAGCCAAGUGCUGACAUCCAGACCAGACCCCAGGACAUCCAAGCUCUGAUCAGAGAGGCCACUCUCGUUCUAAAAGAGCCUCUGGAGACCAUGGCAGGCCCCUUACGCACCUACAGAAAAAGAUUACAGCUCUUAAUGAGGAAAAUAAAAGAAGUUGAUCUUGAGGCUCUGGCUCCCUCCCAAGAAUGCCCAGCGGAUCAGUUACAGAAACUGAAGCUUGCUAUACCUGAAGUGAUGCAGACCUUGUUUGAGGCAGAACAUGUGUGUACAGAGUUGCAGCACAGUGUAUCGGGUCUGGACAGCCGCCUGGCUGAACUCCUGCACUGGGAGACUGAGGCCCGGGAGCUCUACCAGCUGCUGAGGGCCGCAGAGCGACAAAAACAGCGGGGCCAGGACCCACGAGCCAGGGUCCUGAUUUCCCGUGGUCUACAGCUGGAGGGCCAGGUGGUCACAGAGGAGCAGGACCUGCAGGUGAUGGUGAUGACAACUCAGAAGAACUCUCCUAUCCAGUACCUCCACGCCUCCGCCAUGCAGGACCGCGUGCGAGCCGCUGUUGCACAGUCACAGGAAGCUGUAGGUAUGCUGAGCAGCCUGGGAGCCAGAAGAGACAGAAGCAGAAGCCCUCCAGAAGGGUCACCUCCAUCAAAAGUCUACAAACAGGCUGAAGAAAAGCCUCAACAUCUGAGACAGUCAGACACGCUCAGAUGGCUAACUCAGCAGCCCAAGACAAAGUUAAUUUCUCAUCAUGAAACCUUUGUGCCAAAAAUAGUUGUGCAGGAAUAUAGAGAAGAAAAGGUGACUUCUCCUCCACUGCCAUAUACCUACGCACAAGCUGUGAUGCAGACCAGGACACCAGAAGACCAGGCUCAGGCAUGGCCAGAGACGGUUGCACAAAAACAGCAGACUCAGAAACAAGGAUUGAUACAGCAGCAGCAGAUACUGCAGCAAGAACAACUUAAAAGACAGCCGGAAAAAGAGCUACAACAGCAAGAACUCAAGCAACCGCAUCCACAAGAUGUGCAACCACAGCAACUGCAGCAGAAGCAGAACCAACAACAGGUGGAGCAGCAUGUAGACAUGCAUCAAUAUCAAGUUCAGCAGCAGGUGGUAUCAGACAGACAAACAUCAGAGCCCCACAAGCAGACUUCACUUCAACAACCACCUGUAAAGAAACCACAUAUCAGCUCCCAGGAGCUUCAAAGCAGAAAGACUCAGGCCAUGAAGAACCGGCCCUGGCUGCAGAAGCAUAAAACUCCAGAUCCUGAACAGGAUUCCACUCAGGAACCAAUUCAGACUAGACAGACUCAGCCACAGUCAGACAGAGAAACAGCGGCAUCAGUUCAGGUUGUUCCACAGCAUACAGCAAGUGCCAGGCCACAGCCUGGGGCACAUGCAAAAGAUACUAAGCAGCCACCGAAACAGCAAAAAGAGCAACAAAAAGAAACACAGCAACCUCAAACUCUAAAGCAGCAGCAACAAGAAUAUCUGCAACAUCAGCAGCAACAACAAAAAGAGAAGCAUCAGCAACAACAACCACAGCGACUGGAAAAACCGCAAAAGCAACAGGAACAAAUGCUGCAGCAACAACAACAACAGGAAAAACAACCACAGCAGGCUCAACCAGAUACAGACACCAAGGCUAAAUCCCAGACCAUAACUAUGGCUCAACCUCACCCACAAACAAAGGCCCAAAAUCAGACACAACCCCAAACUAUGGUUCAGUCUAAAUCUCAGGCAGCCUUUCAAGUGCAAGUGCAGUCCACAAGUGUGCCCCACACUACCACAGAUGAUCAGCAUCCACUGAAGACCAUUUCCCAAAACAGAGUGAGCCAUAGUCAGUCACAGACAAAAGUUUUGCCACAGCCCCAUGGCCCCAUUAAGACACAGUCAUUGACCCAGCCACAGACACAACUACAGCCCCAGGUUCAGACUCAGUCCCAAACAUGUGUCCCAGCUGGACCUCAGCUGUCUAUGCAGCCACAGGGUCUAGCCCUUAGCCCAGCUGUAGCUCAAGUGCAGACAUGGGCUCAAGUCAGACCUUCGUCUCCUAUUCAGGCUCCACUGCAGGGCCAAAUUCAGCCGCCUGUGCCAUCCCACAUUCAGCUUCGUAGUCAUCCACAGUCAUGGGCUCCUGUCAGGCCACCUUCCCCUAAGCCACCAACACAUGCCCUUAUUCAAACCCAUCCUCAGCCAAAGACCCAGUCUCAAAUCCAUGCUCAGUCAACGGCACAGGCUCAAACCCAUGCCCAGUCCAUGGCCCAGGUUCAAACCCAUCCUCAGCCAAAGGCCCACCCUCAAACCCAUCCUCAGCCCAUGGCCCAUUCUCAAACCCAUGCACAGUCCAUGGCCCAGGUACAAACCCAUCCUCAGCAAAAAGCCCACCCUCAAACUCAUACCCAGUCCAUGGUCCAGGCUCAAAUCCAUGCUCAGCCAAUGGCCCAACCAAGUCAUGCCCAACCUUCGACUCAAAAUCAAACCCAUGCUCAACUUGUAGUUCAGCCUCAGGGUCAUUCUCAGCCUAUGAUUCAGUAUGUCACACAUGCUCAGCCAGAGGUCCAGCACACAGGCCAUAUUUCCCAGGGCAAAAUCCAUGCUUGGAGUCAAGUUAGAGUCUCAUCCCCAAUGUCUGUCCAGCAUCCACAGGCUACAGCACAAUCUCCACUUUACCCCCAAGGUUACUCCCAUGGUCAGUCUUCAUCCCAGCAGUGGACACCCAAACAAGAGCCACAAAACCAAGCCAUUGCCCAGCAGAGGCAUCCAAUUCCCCAGCCAUACCCUCAGCAAAUAUGUCAAGCUCCACAGUCUCAGGCUUAUUCAACACUUCAGGCUCUACCACAGUGGCCCCAAGCUGGGCCCCAGCAAGGACCUCAGGUCGGGCCCCCCAUGUAUUCUCACAUGGGGCCAUCCUUUCCUCAGCCUCAGAUGCAAACGCAAACACAACCCUGGGCUCAAACACAACCCCAAAUGAGACCUCAGAGUUCCAUGCAACAACAAUCUCAGAUGACAGCUUAUAAUAUGUUGCAUAUCCAGAUGCAACAAGGCCAAGUUCAGCAACAGACUUGGGUUCAAGCUCAGCCUCAACUUCAGCCCCAGCCUUAUGCACAACCUCAGUCGCAGCAAUAUUCACAGGUUCAGCAUCAAACUCAGCAUCACCCACAGCCUCAGAUGCAAGCUCAAAUAUCUCCCCAAUCACAACCACCACACCAAGCCCAUCUUCAGCUUCCUUCACAGCUUCAACUCCACCCCCAGCUGCAGGACCAGUCCCAAACACACAACCAGACCCAGUCAUGGGUACAAGGAAAUCCCCAGGCCCAGACUCGGCAGCCUCAGCUCAAUCUUCAGUUUCAGCAGCCACCUACACAACCCAAACAUCAAGCCCAGCUCCAGCCACAACCAAAUAUUCAGUCACCAACUCAACCAAAAGGUGAAUCACAUCCACAAUCCAAACCUGUUGCCCAAUUGGCACCACAACCAGGGAUUCAAUCACCAACUCAACCUAAGGUUCAGUCACCAACCCAGGCCAAGGACGAAUCACUGCCACAAGCCUUACCUGAGCCCCAGUUUCCACCUCAACCCAUGGCUCAGUCAAAAAUGAAGGCUGAAUUACCACCACAACCCAAACCACAGGCCCAAACCGCACCACUACUCAAGGCUCAAUCAGCAACUCUACCCAAGGUUCAGUCACCAACCCAACCCAAGGCCCAGUCACCACCACAACCCAAACCACAGGCCCAACCAGCACCACUACUCGAGGCUCAAUCACCAACUCUACCCAAGGUUCAGUCACCAACCCAACCCAAGGCCCAGUCACCACCACAACCCAAACCACAGGCCCAACCAGCACCACUACUCAAGGCUCCAUCCCCAACUCUACCCAAGGUUCAGUCACCAACCCAACCCAUGGCCCAGUCACCACCACAGGCCCAAACAGCACCACUACUUGAGGCUCAAUCACCAACUCUACCCAGAGUUCAGUCACCAACCCAACCCAAGGCCCAGGCACUGCCACAACCCAAACCACAAUUGCCACCACAGCCCCAACUUCAGGCUCAGUCCCCAACGCUACCCAAGGCCCAAACUGAACCAGAAUCUAAGGCCCAGUCACCCCCACAGGCCAAACCUCAACUUCCACAGUCAAAACCUCAAACCCAGUCUCCUCCGCAACCCAAACCUCAACAGUCCCAAACUAUUCUCCUCUCCCAGGUCGAUGUGCUUCCUCAGUCUCUGGCAGAGUCACCAGACCUGUGCAUUAAACCUCUGGCCCUGGCCCAGGUGCCUCCCCAGGCCUACACUGAGGCUUACUCCAAGGCCCAGGCUUUGGCCAGAAAUGGCUUUGAGGAGGCCAAGCACUGUCUGCAGGAGCACAUCCUUGAAACCAUUAACGUUUUUAAAGACAAAUCUGUAUCAGCCGAGCAAGCAUCAGUGAAAGAGGAGACUCUGAAGACCCUGGACCCAGAGUUGCUAGAGGAGUUCUUGAGAGCAGCCAAGGGCAUGGAGGCCUUUUGUACCCCCUCACAACUCAGUGACAUGGAGUUAUUUACCCAGUCUGUCAGGACACAGUGGGAGGCUGUGAGAGCUGAGAUCUCAGGCUUUUUGCAACAUUUACGUUUUGAAGUAACAAGGAAAGACUUUAACAAAGCUGCCCUGCAGUGUGAGAUGCACUUAAGCUCCCGCUUAGAAAACCAGGUCCAGGCUUGUUUCUCAGCGGAGGGAAGCUUUGCCCAGGCAGGGCAGCACCUCGAGGCCUUGAAAGAGCUGUGUGACACCCUGAGCCCUGAGGAUGCUCACCGCCUGGCCCAGACUCAGUUGAGGGAGUGUGAGACGAGGCUGGCUGCCAUCCAGCGGCAGUUCAGCGGGGACCAAGAUGCACCACUCCCUGAUUCUAGGAUUCCUGUUUCCUUCAGCGAGGAUCUGACCACACAAAACGAAUCUACAAGACCAAGUGACAAACCUCAUGUCUCCACUGAGGUUCUUCAAGUGACAGUGAAUACAGUCUGUGUGGAGAGGAGGGAGGUUGAAAAGCAGGCAUCUGUAGAGGAAGAAGUCACCAAAAAGGAGGCUUUAGAAAGAUAUGAGAAUUGUAAGAGGUCUCUGCAAACCCAACUGGCUAAAAAUGAACAGAGCAUCAAGGAUGUGCCCUCUGACUCCGUCUCUCUGAAAGGCUUGCAUACACGGCUCCAGGAAAUACAGUUCUUGAGGCAGGAGACAGAGUCUCUGUGGUCUGAGUAUGCAAACCAGUGUUCCCAGUUGAGCAGGAACACUGGUCUCGAACAGGGGAAGGCCGAGCUGCAGGAGCAAUGGCGCAGCCAACAGUCCAAACUUCAGAGGAUGGGCAGCUCGCUGGGCGCCGCCCUCAGACAGAUCGACUCCACCGAGAACCACAUGGUGGACUUCACCGACCGUCUGGACCGCUACCUGAGACAGCCCAAAGACAUCACUGCCUUCACACUGGCUAAUACCAACAUCCUCAAAGAUAUCAAGGAACUGGAUGACAACAUCCAGAGCGAGCUGGACCAGCUGUCCCGUCUAGACCCUGACUCCAGCGAUCUGGACCCCAGAGACUGCUUCCCUCUGUCCCGUGAGGUGGAGACUCACAGAACCAGCCUGGAUCAGCUUCGACAGCAGGUCCGGAAGAGUGAAGCAGCCGCCCGUGCCCUCGACCGCUUCCUCAUGUCGCUGCGUACUGUGGACGAGGACAUCUCUGGAGUCCAGGGCGCCCCUUGCAGUGACACUGUGAUACUGCAGGACUGUCGCUCCAAGCUGGCUCUGAUCCGGCAGAGCAUCGACAGUCUGAAAGAAAAGGCGCCUCAGCUGGAUGUGCUCCUGCAGGGGGCCAGAUUGACGGUCACCAGGGAUGGAGUCCCGGCCUCCUGCCUGGACAUGGUGACUGCCCUGCUGAGGAGGCUGGAGGAGGCAGACAGUAGGCUGGCAAGCCAGCAGAAGGGCCUCCAGAAGGAGACGCAGAGCAAAUCCCUGGGCCUGAGGAAGAGGACGCUGCUGGGGGAGCUGAGGAAGCUGCAGGACACAAUUGAAACACAAGGCGUGAAGGAGCCCACCAUGCAUGCUGUGCAACACAGCCUCCGUGCCUUGUCCGAUUUGGAGGGUCAGCUGCAGGCCCAGCAUGCAGAGCUCCAGAACCUCCUGGAACUUCAAGAGAAACAGGGAGGAGGAGAACACUUCCUUCAGGAGCUGGAGACUCAGUGGAAGGACACUCAGACAGCUUUCUUUGACAGAAAGAAGCAGUGCAGCAUCCUGCUGGAGCUUCUGAAGAAGUUUCAGAGCUGCCGCAGUCACCUGAGCAACACCAUGCAGAAAGCAGAGCAGAGCAUUAGUGAUCAGGCCUCCUACCUGGGCAAGGGCAACCUGCAGAGAAGUAUUACCACGGUGUGUGAUAUUAAGGCAGAGCUGGCAGGUAUUGGGGAGCGUAUGGAAGAGAUGAGAAGUGUUUGCAGACAGCUGCAGUCCCAACUCAAGAAGUUCCCAGACUGCCGCGAGACUCCCUUUGAAGCCGAGGCUGACACAUUCAUGGACAACUGGCUGGAUGUGACGGAGAAGACAGAUGCCUACAUGGAUAACCUGCGGGUAGGGGUGGAGCUGUGGGACAAACAGCUGAUGCUGGGGGGGGAGGUGGACAGAUGGGCAGGGGCCAAACUGGCCCUGUUUGCAGAGAGCCAUCCCUUCCACAACAAGCAACAAGUUCUUGCCAUGAGGGAUGAGAUCCAUGUCAAUGAGGAGAACAUUGAGCAUUUCCACAAGAAGUCUGCAGAGAUCCAGGAGAUGCUGCAGAGUCGGGAAGCACCACUGGAGCUGCAGGUGAUGGAAACCCAGCUGAGGAAGCGGAUGGAGCAGGUGAAGGAGCUGUUUGCCGACUGCACCGACGUCUUCGAGGAACUGAUGGCUGUGAAGAAACACCUAGCUGAGAAGAUAGAGCAGUGCCAGUCAGCUGUGGAGAGGAUCCAGGGUUCUGUCAGUAAUGUUGACGCUUCACAACCAAAGGUCGAAGACCAGUUACAGCAUCUGUGUGAUAAAUUGGAGGCUCUGGAGCAGCAGGCCGAGGCUGCGAUGAAAGAGGUUGGCUUGGUUUCCAGUGUAGCCAGUCCUCAGGUGCUGGAGGUGCUGUCUGUAGACUGCAGCAGGCUGAAGGAGGCCAUCUCCUGCACCCAAGCCAUGAUCCAGCUGAAGAGAGAGGAGAGGGACAAAGGCCUGCUCAACGUUAUCAAAGAUGAAAGGCAGUCGUUUGAGGAUUUGUUCCAGGACUUGCAGCUGUCCGUCAAUGAGUGCUUUGAGCACCCUGAGAGCAGAGCAGAUGUGGAAACAUCCCUGCAAAGACUCACUGUUUUCUUAAAAUCCAAGGAUCCAGAGAGACGUCUAGAGCAUCUGAAGGUUCAGCUGGAGAGAGGCAGCCAGCAGGCUCCUCUCCAGCAGCUCUCAGAGUUCACUGACUGGCUGAAGGAGCAGCAGAAGGAGGUGGCCACGUUCAGAACCCACUGCCUCAACAGGCAGAAACAAAUGGAGCCGCUCCUCAGGGACUUGAACAGUCUGCAGAAGCAACACGAUAGCUUCCGUGACUGGCUGCAGAACAAAGAAAAACAGCCCGUGGAGGUAGACAAAGUCAAACUUCUACUCAAAAACCUUCAGGAUGAGAGCAGUAGAGCUGAGUCUCUCAGUGAGCUCUUAGCAUCAGUGCGCAGACAAGGCGUCCGAGCUGAAAGCCUCCUGAAGGACGGCGACAACUUGAUACAACGCUACAGAAACCUGGAAAGCAGGCUGCAGAGGAACGCAGACACCCAGAGCGCCCUGGAGGCAGAAUGUGACGAGUUUAAUACUCAGGCUCAGAGCACCAGGACCUGGAUCACCGAGCUUUUGCAGCACCUCACCCCCUCUGGCAGAGACACCCAGACACCGGAGAGGAAGCACAGAGCACAGGCCAUCCUGAGCUCCAAAGCCGAGGGAGACUCUAAAAUGAACGCCCUGAGGAGACAAAGUGAAAGUCUGUGUGAGCAGGAGGACCUGCAGGACGGCAGGAAACAAGAGGUCCAGCAGUCGCUCCGAGAAACAGAGGAGCAGUGGAGCACGGUUCUGCACAUAGCUGAGGAGAAUCUCAGCCAGGCCCAAACACAAGCCCUGUUGGGCAAGGACUUAGACGCUGUCAAAACCCAGAAUGAAAAUGUUCAGUCCUGGAUCAGAGACCAGGAGCAGAGCAUGCAGUCGCUUGCUGGUUGCAUGCAAGUUGAAGAAAAGCUCCAGAUUGCACAAGCUAUUCUGAGCUCCAAGCCGGAUGGAGAGUCAAAGCUCCAGUGUUUGAAGCAACAAUGCCAGAGUCUGUGUGACAGCCAGGGCUUGGACCAAAGCAGCAGACGAGAGGUUCAGGACACAGUCAGACAAACCGAGGAGCAGUGGAGGAAAGUGUUGCAGGCUGCUGAGGAUGGUCUCAACAAGUUGCAGACCGACGCUGCCACUGAAAGGGACUUUGAUGCUUUCAAAAGCCAAAGUGAAAGCAUCCAGUGCUGGAUCAAAGAGCAGAAGCAGAAGCUGUUGUCUCUCGGUAGUCACAUGCCAUUAGAAGAAAGGUUACAGGUCGCACAGGCUGUUAUGACUUCCAAACUUGAGGGCGAGUCCAAGGUACUGGAACUGCAGACACAAGGGGAAGGUCUGCGUGAACAUCUGGAGGAGAGCAGGAAACCAGAGGUUCAGCAGCUGGUGGAAGACACAGAGCAGCAGUGGAGAGCACUUCAGCAGGCCGCCAGGCAGGCCGAGCUCCGGAGUCUUUCAGACGACUUCGACACUCAGAGUAAAAACACUCAGUGCUGGAUCCGAGACAGACAACAGCAGCUACAGGCUGUGGGAAGUCACACACCACCUGACCACAGAUGCCAUGCAGCUCAGACCAUCCUGAGCUCCAAACCUGAAGGUGACUGUACGGUAAACAACCUGAGGAGGCGAGGCCAGAGUCUGUGUGACCAUCAGGACACAGACCAGGGCAGGAAAGCCCAUGUUCAGAAGGCCAUUAGAGACACGGAGGAGCAGUGGAAGACAAUCCUGCAGGCUGCUAAACAGGUGGAAGCUGCUGCAGCAGCCGAGAUUGCCCAGCAGACUGAGAGGAGAGCGUCGGAGCUGAAAGAAUUUGAUACCCAGCAGCAGGACACCGGCAGCUGGCUUACAGACCUGCAACAACGACUGGACUCACUGACAAGCCAAACCAAAGCUAAGGACAGACUGCACGAUGCUCAGGCCAUUGUGAGCUCCAAGCCCGAAGGAGACUCCAGGCUCCAGGAGCUCAGGAGACGAUGCCAGAGUUUGUGUGGUCAGAACCUGGGAGAACCCAAAAAUCAAGAGGUUCAACAAAAAGUAAGAAGCGCUGAGGAGCAGUGGACGAGAGUCCUGCAAAAUGCUAAACAAGUCCUGGAUCAGGCAGAGAAGCGGUGUGCUCUGGAGGGCAAGCUGACAGAAUAUGAAGCCUUGAGAACAAACACCAGAGCCUGGCUCGAAGACAAGCAGCGGAGCCUCGUCUCUCUGGACAUUCAAACAGAUCUAGAAAAGACAAUAAACACUGCACAGACUGUCCUGAGCUGUAAGCCUGAGGGAGACUCCAGGAUGACAGAACUGAGGAGACAGAGUCAGAUUCUGUCCGACCUGGAGGAGAACACGAGAUGGGAGGUUCAGCAGACAGUGAAAGAUUUAGAGGAGCAGUGGAGGACAGUCCUGCAGACUGCCGAGAACUCUCUGGAGAAAGCUGACGUCCAUUACUUGCUCUCCAGGGAGCUGGAGGCCUUCCACACCAAAGCAGGGAGAACUCAAACCUGGGUCAAAAAGCUCCAGCAACAGGCCGAGUCCAAAGGGAGCGGCACUCAGGGCAGCCAUGCUCAGUUAGAGGACCGGCUGAACACAGCACAGGGCAUCUUGAGCUCCAAGUCCAAUGGUGAGGCUCAAGUGAUGGAGCUGAAGAGACGAGCACGGAGUCUGUGUGAGCACAAAGACCUGCAGGGAGACAAGAAAGUGGAGGUUGAGCAGACAGUCAAAGACACUGAGCAGCAGUGGGUGACGGUCCUGCGGGUUGCUGAAGAGACACAAAGGCAGUUGAAGGGUGUUGUGGAGCGCCUAGUGUCCUGUGACUACCAGCGAGGCCUGAUUGAGGAGCAUCUGUCUGAGUUACAGAAACAGACCUCCAGCCUGCCCCGUGUCUUCCCCUGGCCCGGCCUGGGAGAGCGGAGGCAGGCGGUGGAACAGGCCCGGACCACGCUGGAUCAGAGCACAGCCUUGGCCCCCGUCCUCUCAGACCUCCGCACACAGGCUGCAGAACUGUUUGAGAUCACGCAGGAACGUAGCUGGUCAGAACUGUCCUGGGCAGCCAAGCAGGAGUCCAUCCCCACUCUGCUCAAAGGGCUAACUGAUGCAGUAGCUCAGCUGGAGCAGGGCAUCCUGGCGGAGAGGCAUUGCACCCAGCUGGUGGAGCAGCAUGAAGCAGCCCAGGACUGGCUGAGGGAGCACGUUAAAGGCCUCGGAGCUCCUCCAGCAGACAGACAGGGUCUGCACAGCGCUGUCAACACUCUGAAGGCUUUGCUGCAGACAGUGGACAGGGAGCAGAGAGAGAUGAAGGAGCUGGACUCUGCCAGAGACAGUUUGCUGAGCCUCUGCACGCCUGGAGGCCGCGAUGCCCUGACCCUGGCGGUAAGCCAUCUCCAUGAGCUCUGUGCCACCUCGGAGCAGGAGGUGAGGGAGCGCCUGGCGGCCUGUGAGACCCGGCUGGAGGAGCUGGACGGCCAGCUGGCCAGGAGGGCCAAGGGGCUCAAGGAGAGAUCUGCAGCCCUGCAGUGGGAGCUGCGCUCCCUGGACCAGGCGCUCAGUUACAGCCAACCCCAGAACAACAUCCCUCAGCUCCAACAGCACUGGCACAGCCUUCAGAAAUGUGAGAAAUCGCUGGCAGAUUUGGGUGUGAAAGUUCAGGACCUCCAACAGGAAGUAAAGGCUACACCUGCCACUGAUGAGCUGCCAACAGAAAUUAUGACUCUGGUGAAAUCCUUAUGCCAGCAACAUGACAGUCUAAAGUCCAGGCUGAGUGAGCAUCAGGGUACCUGCUCUACAAACACAGCUCGUUGUCUGAUGGACUGUCUUCACGCCCUGCAGGAAUGGAACCACAGCAAACCAUCAGAAUCCAUUUCUUCUGUGCAGGUGACAUUAGAGGAGGGUGAAAAGUUGCAAGCCAGCCUGCGGGAGGCGCUUUCGCACCAGCAGUUUCUGACAGACUGCUUGAUACCAGUCUUGAUUGGAAAACUAGAGAGAGAAGGUUCGGAGACACUCCAAGAAGCAGACACACAUAAGGCUUCUCUCAGCAGCAGCUUAAAGGAACUUGAUGGAAAGAGCAAACAAAAGCUGCCUGGUGUCCUUCAUGGUAAUCUCGAGGACACAAAGACAUCUGUAGUGGCACCACCACGCAAAAGCAAACGCUCACCUGAGAAAAAACAUCAACUUAAACUACAAAAAAACAUUCCCUUAAAAGAAAAAUCUACAUCUAUUGAGGAUAAAUUGUCGGUUUCGGCUGAGCUGCAAAUUGAGGAUAAAACAUUAAAGCCUACUGUAACAGCCGUCAUAAAAGACGAAAGACAAAUGGCUGGUGUGGAGAAAAGCAGAAUUGAACCAACAAAACAGAAAUCCCAGAGUCCUACAUAUACUUCAGAACCUUUUAAAGUACAAUGUAACAACACUUCUCAAGAGGCAGCAUUUAAAAGUCUAAAGUUAGAUACCACAGCUGAGCCUGUUGGAGCUAAGCAAAUAAAACCUGCUUUUGAGGAACCUGUAUUGAUCCAAAAGGUCAUUGAGCAGUCUGCCUUUGGUGUUAGUGAGAAUACUACACCUGUACCAUCCAGGAGAAAGUCCAAGGCUUUGGCCACUGAUACAGAGCCUGCCCAGACUAAGGUGGAGCCUGAAAUGGUAAAAACUAUUAUUACUCAAGGGUCACCCAGGAAUACAACAGGAACUGCUGCUGUUGAAGAAACAAAGCAUAUAGCAACCAUUAUUCUGGAUGAAACAACAAAGACCAAAAAAAAGCCUGGCAGUCAGAUAUCUUUACUGAGAUCCAAAGAGCAAACUAAUGCUGCUGCUGUUGUGGAGAAAGAAACUGUGGUUAUCCCAACCAGGAAGAAGUCAAAGAGUCUUGAGGUUUCCGCUGAUCCAGAGCCAGUGGCAGACAAUGAAAGAACUACAUGUGUGGUACAGGAAUCUGAGAAGUUAACCUCACAGUUUGUUUCAGGACCGGCUGAAACUGCUGUUUUGGAACAAAGUACAGUUUUACCAACAAAGCCAAAGUCAACAACACUUCCUCUGAAACAGGCUGACCAGCAGCCAGCACAGAUGACAGGAGAACUGGAAAGUCAGAGGUCUGCUUUGAGUUUUAGGGAGGAAAAGUCAAAGAGUACUGAACUUACCACAACUUCACAGCAGGUUGUUACUCAUAAUAAAACUACUGAUGUGAAACCUAAAGAUAAUAUGAAAGAAACUGCCGGCUUGACAUCGUCUUCAACUCCACAGAUGACCACAGAAACUACUGUUGUGAAAGAAAAAACGCUUUCUCCAAUCAAAAGUAGACCAAAGGGUCUAAAUCUCUCCCCAGAACAUGCUACAAAGGAAGGGACAGAGAUAAAGCAAGAGCCAGGAAGUCAGAAGCCUUCAUUGAGCUCCGGAGAGCUAAUUGAAACUGCUGUUGUGGAGGAAACAAAGCGUAUUGCAACCAUUAUUCUAGAUGUAUCAGAGCCAUUGACUUCUGUCCCUGUACCAACUGAUGUUACAACAACACUUGCUCUGAAACAGGCUGACCAACAGCCAGCACAGAUGACAGAAGAACCUGAAAGUCAGAGGUCUGCUUUGAGUCUGAGGGAGCAAACUGAAAGUGUCGUUAUGGAAGAAACAAAGCUCAUACCAACCAGAAGAAAGUCAAAGAGUACUGAACAUACCACAACUUCACAGCACGUUGUUGCACAUAACAUAACUACUGAUGUGGAACCUGAAGAUAAUAAGAAAGAACCUGACAGCCUGAGGUCUUCUUCAACUCCACAGAUGGCCCUGGAAACAACUGAAACUACUGUUGUGAAAGAAAAAAAGCUUUCUCCAACCAAAAGAAGAUCAAAGGGUCCAAAGCUCUCCCUAGAACAUGCUACAAAGGAAGUAGCAGCAGGUGAACUCACCACUAAGUCAGUCACAGAGCAAGCUGAGACCAUUAUUGUUGAGCAAGCCAAGCUUGGACCUACCAGUAAAGAGACAAAGAGUACAGACGUGUUAUUAAAGGUUACUGUUGCAAAACCUGCACAGCUCAAAGGUGAAGCAGAAAAUCUGAUGUCUCACCUUACUUCAGUGGCUAUCACAGACACAGAUGCUGAGCAAUCUAAGUCUGUACGAAAAAGGCAAGAGUCAAAGAGUUUGAACGUUUCCACAACUUCAGUGCCAGUUGUUACCCAUAGUAUAAUUACUGAACACUAUUCAGAGCUUGAGAAACCUGCGAAGGAACCUGAGAAUGGAAAGACUUCUUCAACUGCACCGAGGAUCACCAAGCCAGUCGAAACUAUUUUGGGAAAAAGUAAGUUCUCGCCAACCAAAAGAGAGUCAAAAAGUCCAAAACUGUCCCCAGAAUUUUCUAACAAGGAGAAAACACAGACCAUAGAAAAGCCUGGCAGUCAGCUAUCUUUACUGAGAUCCAAGGAGCAAACUGAUGCUGCUGUUGUGGAGGAAACAAAGCGUAUUGCAACCAUUAUUCUAGAUGUAUCAAAGCCAUUGACUUCUGUCCCUGUACCAACUGAUGUUACAACAACACUUGCUCUGAAACAGGCUGACCAACAGCCAGCACAGAUGAUGGCAGAACCAGAAAGUCAGAGGUCUGCUUUGAGUCUGAGGGAGCAAACUGAAAGUGUCGUUAUGGAAGAAACAAAGCUCAUACCAACCAGAAGAAAGUCAAAGAGUACUGAACAUAUCACAACUUCACAGCACGUUGUUGCACAUAACAUAACUACUGAUGUGGAACCUGAAGAUAAUAAGAAAGAACCUGACAGCCUGAAGUAUUCUUCAACUCCACAGAUGGCCACAGAAGCAACUGACACUACUAUUGUGAAAGAAAAAAAGCUUUCUCCAACCAAAAGAAGAUCAAAGGGUCCAAAGCUCUCCCCAGAACAUGCUACAAAGGAAGUGACAGAGACAAAGCAAGAGUCAGGAAGUCAGAAGCCUUCAUUGAGCUCCCGAGACCUUACUGAAACUGCUGCUUUGGAAGAAACAAAGCGUAUAGCAACAAUUAUUCUAGAUGUAUCAGAGCCAUUCACUUCUGUCCCUGUAACAACUGAAGUUACAUCAACACUUGCUCUGAAACAGGCUGACCAACAGCCAGCACGGAUGAUGGCAGAACCAGAAAGUCAGAGGUCUGCUUUGAGUCUGAGGGAGCAAACUGAAAGUGUGGUUAUGGAAGUAACAAAGCUCAUACCAACCAGAAGAAAGUCAAAGAGUACUGAACUAACCACAACUAAGCAAGAGCCAGGAAGUCAGAAGCCUUCACUGAGCUCUGGAGAGCUAACUGAAACUGUGGUUGUGGAAGAAACUGAAGUUAUACCAACCAGGAGGAAAUCAAAGGGUCUUGAGGUCUCCACAGUUCCAGAGCCUGUGUCUCCCCUUGGUAUACUUACUGGAAUGGAGCCUAAGGAACUAAAACAAGAACCUGAAAAUGAUCCCGCAACCCUAGACUUUAUUCAAGGGCAAGCUAAAACUGCUGUUGUGGAACAAAGUAAGCUUCUACCACCUAAGAGAAAGUCAAAAAGUACAGAACCUCCUUUAAAACUUGCUGACACUCAGGCACAUCAGACAAGGAUAGAACCUGAAGGUCACCAAUAUUCUUUGAGUUACAAUGACCCAAAUAGAAGUGUUGUUAUUGAAGAAACAAAGCUUUUACCAAACAGUAGAAAGUCCAAGAGUGGUGACUUUUCCACAUCUUCCGAGACAGUUGCUACCCUUGUCAGAUCACCUGCAGUGGAGCCUGAACAAAAUAAGAAAGAACUGGAUGGUAAAAAAUCUUCAACUCCAGAUGUGGUCACAGAACCAACUGAAAGCACAGUUGUAAAAAUAGGAGAGCUUUCACCAACCAAAAUAAAGUCGAAGGGUCUGAAACUUUCCCCAGAUCUUUCUCCCACAGAGCUGACAAAGACCAAGGAAGAGCCUGACAAUCAGAAGCAAUCUUCAUCUCAAAAGGUGGUCACAACAACUGAAAUAACUGUUGUGGUAAAAGGAAAGCAUUCACCUACCAAAGAAAAGACAAAGGGUCUUGACCUUUCCCAAGAACUUGCUACCACAGUGCUCACAAAGUCCAAGGAAGAGCCUGACUGUCAGAAGCCGUCUUCAGCUCCAGAGGUAAUCACAGCAGCAACUGUAAUUACUGUUGUGGAAAAAGGUAAACUUUCACCAACCAAAAGAAAGUCAAAAGGUCUCAAACAUUCCCCAGAACUUGCUACCACCGAGGUAACACAAACCAAUAAAGAGUCUGUCAGUCAGAAGCAAUCUUCAACUCCAGUGGUGGUCACAGCAACAACUGAAUUGUCCGUCGUAGAAAAAGGAAAGCUUUCACCAACCAAAAUAAUGUCAAAGGGUCUGAAACUUUCCUCAGAACUUGCUACCACAGAACUAAUGGAUGCCAAGAAAGAAUCUGACAGUCAGACAUCUUCAGUGUAUUCCAGAGAGCAAACUGAAGCUGCUGUUUUGGAGGAAUUUACCAUACCAGCCAGAAGGAAGCCAAAAAGUCUUGACGUUUCCACAGCUGUAGAGCCAGUCUCUGCUCUUGGUGGAAGUAUUGACCUGGAGUCUAAGGAGACUAAGGAAGAACCAGAGAGUGGCAAGGCUUCAGCUGGACAGGUAGUCACAGUAGCCACUGAAACUGCUGUUUUAACCAAAAGAAAGUCCAAGGAUCUAAACCUUUCCCCAGAACGUUCUCCCACAGAGCUGACAAAGACCAAGGAAGAGCCUGACAGUCAGAAGCCAUCUUCAACUGCAGAGGUGGGCACAGCACCAACUGAAAUUACUGUUGUGGAUAAAGGAGAGCUUUCACCUACCAAAGGAAAGUCAAAGAGCCUUAAACCUUCCCAAGAACUUGCUACCACCGAGCUGACAAAAACUAAGGAAGAGCCUCAUAGUCAGAAGCCAUCUUCAGCUCCAGAGGUGGUCAAAGCACCAACUGAAAUUACUGAAAUUACUGUUGUGGAAAAAGGAAAGCUUUCACCAACCAAAAGAAAGUCUAAGUGUCUGAAACUUUCCUCAGAACUUGCUGCCACAGAGCAACCAAAAACAAAGGAAGAGCCUGACAGUCAGACGUCUUCAGUGUAUUCCUGUCCAGCUGUAGAGCCAGUCUCUGCUCUUGGGGGAAGUAUUGACCUGGAGUCUAAGGAGGCAAAGAAAGAACCCGAGAGUGGCAAAGCUUCAGCUGGACAGGUAGUCACAGGAGCAAUUGAAAUAUCUGUUGUUAAAGAUGGUAUGCUUUCACCAACCCAAAGAAAGUCGAAGGGUCUCAAGCAUUACCCAGAACUUUCUACCACAGAGCUAACAAAAACCAAUAAGGAGCCAUUUUCAAUUCAAGAGGUGGUCACAGACACAACUGAAAUGACCUUUGUUGAAAAAGGUAAACUUUCAACAACCAAAAAGAUGUUAGAGGGUAUGAAACUUUCCUCAGAACUUGCUACAACAGAGCUGAUGGACGUCAAGAAAGAAUCUGACAGUCAAACAUCUUCAGUGUCUUCCAGAGAGCAAACUGAAGCUGCUGUUUCAGAGGAAUUUAUCAUACUAGCUAGAAGGAAGCUGGGGCCUGAAGUGCGCAUUUUACAAUUAGAUAUACAGACCAGUCCUGAGGAGGAUGAAAACACAUCUGUCACAGGAGCAAAAAGGAUCAGACCUGUUCAAACAAGUCUCCAGAGAGAAGGAGUAGCAGAAAGCAAAGAUAUGACUGCUGCAGUUAAGAUGACCACAAUAGAAGUACAAGAAAGGGGUACUGAAUGUCAAGACAAUGUGGUUCAAACAGGCCAACCCUCUCCUGCUUGUGAAGCAUUGCCCCCAGAUGAGGCAGGGACAGAAUUUGUAGAAAUAAGCAUAUCUGAGAGACAUAUGGUGAAACCAAGCCAAACUAAAACCCAAAGAGGGCUCUUCAUAACCAUGCAGGAAAAACCCAAAGUGGUCAAGAGACAUGGUGUCCAGGAACAGCAUCCUACACUGUCGACACGUGGCUUGGACAGUGUACCCAAGAGCUUGGAUGAAAAAUCUGUUACGAUGGAGAAAAUCCAUAUGGGGCCUGAAGUGCGCAUCCUACAACUAGAUAUACCAACCAGUUUGGAGAAGGAUAAAAACACAUCUGUCACAAGAGCAAAAGAGCCAAGGGUAGAUAGUGUUCAAACAAGUGUCCAGAGCGAAAGCGUACCAGAAGACAAAGAUAUUACUACUGCAUAUGUGAAACCAGCAGAAGCAGUUGAGAUGACUAAAAUAAAGGUGAAAGAAAGUAGUACUAAAUUUCAAGACAAUAUGGCUCAAAGGGACUCAGGUCAACCCACCCCUCCUGGUUCUGAAUCAUUGCAACAGCAUGAGACAGAGAAAGAAUUUAUAGAAAUAAGCGUAUAUGAGCAAGACAUAGUAAAACCAAGCCAAACUGACACUAAGAUGGAACUCUUGAAACCUGCACAGGAUUGGCCUACAGAGGUCAAGGGACAUGUGGUCCAAGAAGAGCAUCCUGAAGUGUUAACACACGGUAUGCACGAUGUACCCAAGAGCCUGGAUGAAAAGUUUGUUAUGAUGAAGAAAAUCCACAUGGGGUCUGAGGUGCACAUCCUACAACUAGAUACAACCAGUAUGGAGAAGGAUGAAAACACAUCUGUCACAAGAGCAAAAGAGCCAAGGAUAGAUGUUGGUCAAACAUGUGUCCAGUGGGAAAGAGCCCCAGAAAACAAAGAUAAGACUACUCCUGAUGUUAAGCAAAAGAAGGCUGCAGUUAAGACAAGAUUAGAAGUGCAACAAAUCACAACUGAAAGGCAAGGGAAUGUGGCUCAGAGUGACUCCAAUCAACCCCCCUCUGUGUGUGCAAGGCAGCUAAGUGAUGCAGAGACAACAUUUGAAGAAAUUAGCAUAUUUGAGCAAGACACUGUAAAUCCAAACCAAACAGUAAUGAAAUUAGAGCUCAUGAAUACCACACAGAAAAGACCCCAAAAGGUCAAGGAUCAUGACGGGCAAGAAGUGAAUGCUAAAGUGUCGACAAAAGACGUGCAUGAUGCACCCCAGAGCCUGGAUGAAAAGUCUGUUAGGAUGGAUAACAUCCACAAAGGGGCUGAAGUGCACAUUUUACAACCAGGUACACCUGUCACUAUAAAGGAGCAUGAAAUUGCAACUGUUGCAAUAGCAAAGGUGUCAAGAAUUGAUAUAGAUCAAACAAGUAUCCAGUGCGAAACUGUGUCAAAAAACAAAGACCUGACUUCAGCGGAUGUUCAGCCAGAAAAGACUACAGAUAAGAUGACCAUGGUCGAAGUGAAGACCAAAGAAAGACUCAAGGAUCGCAGUAUCCAUGAAAAACAUGCUGAAGUGUCAGUACAUGACAUGCAUAAUGUAUCCAAGAGCCUGGAUGAGAAGUCCGUUACAACGGGAGACAUCCACAUCAGUGUACAUGAUUACAAAACUGUCACAAUAGAAAAGGAACCUGAGAUGGAAUUACGUAUUCUGUUUGAGACAGUUAAAGAAAGCAAGGAUGUGACCACCACUGACAAGUCUUCAAGUGAGAUGACCCGGGUUGAAGUGCAAGAAAGCUUUACUGAAUCCCUGUCUGAACCCAGUGUGGUUCCUCGUGCCCAAACCGAGAGACACACAACAGAUGCAAAGGAAAAUAAGAAGGAAGAGAAGGAGGGGAAGAGGACAAUUCAGAAAGAAGAAAGAGAAAAGAUGGUCAAGGUGGAUAUAAAAAAUGCUCCACUCCCAAUGGCCAAGACCUCUACCACUGGUGAAGUGACACUGCAGAGAAUGGAUUUGCCACAGGAUAAACCACUUGAAGAUGCUCCAGAGGCUCUGAUUACAUCCACCAUUGAUCUAGACAACCGCCUAAGCAGGCUGGUGUCUCGAAUCCUGAGCUGCAAGAACCACCCAGCUGAGCUCAACCCAACAGCCAUGGCCCAGCACCUGAAGGAGGCUCAGCAGUGUAGAGAGACUGCCCAGGAACAGUUGUCAUUGCUCUCUCAGCUGAGAGGAGCCGAUGCUGAGAACAGUGAUGCUCUGGAGCAUGUGGAGGACCAGUGGAGCACUGCUGCCCAGGAUGCAGCUGCUGUCAUCCAGAAUAAAGAGGCCCAGCUGCAGCUGGUGACUGAUCACUGCAGACAGACCGAAGCAGCCAGGACCACGCUGGAAAGACUGACAGCAGAAUUGGAUGUUCUCAGAAUGUCCCCUAAGGAGAGCAGCUCCAAGGAGGCAGAGCGACUGUGCUCCUUACAGAGGAGUAUGGAGGAGAACAGAACAGUACUGGGGGAGUUGCUCAUGACCCAUACCAAGUUAUAUCCCCACCUCAGCUGGUCUAAGCGAGCACCCGCACAGACUGAGCAGAAUAACCUGCAAGAGAAGUGGAGAGGCCUGGAAAGAGCUGUGGAGAGAACCUUGUAUCACACAAAUGUCCAUUUUCACGAGACCAGCAGCCUUCAGUCGGCAAUAUCAGAUCUUCAGGAACAUUUGGAGACAAUCGGCAAAGACCUUGAAGCCAAGUCUCCUUCAGUUACUCAGUGGAACUGCAAGAAGGCACAGCAGCUGAUGGUGGCAAAUGCUGAGGUUAAAGCUGCCUGGCAAAAAUACCUUCAUCUGCAGCAGCUGUUGGAGGCGCUACUCCUCGGCUCACAGUGGGAGAAGGAUACAACAGAAAUACAGCAGGGGCUUCAGAGCGUCAAAGACCAACUUUGCCACACAGAGGAACUAGUGUCCUCUCAAUCUCAGAGCAGUAGCAACGCCGUCAUGGAGAAAAUGAUGGUGGUGAUGAGGGAUGGCCUAGUCUGGGCGAAGCAGACAGAAAGUGAGAUUGAUGGCCGGAGGAAAAGGGUUGCUCUCUUCCCCGAGGAGGUGCACCGGCAGCUCAGAGAUCUGAAGAAGCUGCAGUCUAAGGUCAUGGCCAAACAGGGCCAACUGGAGACACUGGUGGAGGAGGUGACAGAGCUCCUUCCACAGCUGGACCAGGCUGAGGAGGUGCCCAUGGUGCGCUCCUCUCUGAAAUCCCUCCAAGAACUCUCAAAGUGGACGUCUGAGAAGCUAGCCAAGGCUGUUAGAGAAAUUGAGUCCGGACUGCAGACCAGAGAGAAGCUGUCAGAGCAGAUUGCUGACCUAGACUCCUGGGUUUUGGCUCAUCUACACAGAGAGGCCUCCAAGAGUCCAGACAGUGAGCUGAGGAGCCCUGCUGAACUGGACCGCCGAGUUCGUCAGAUCCAAGAGACCCUGGCUGAGGCAGUGAAGCAGGCCGCUGUCUGUGAGGCUCUUCUAAUGAAGAGUAAAGACAUUGCCUCUGAACUCAGCAUCACAGAGAACUGUUGGCUUUUUGACAAGCUUACCAACCUCCAGGAGGACAUCACAGCCAUCAGCAGCUAUGAGAAGGCCAACAAAAAGGAGCUGGAUGAACUCACCCAGAAUCUAGAUUCCAGCAAGAAAAACCUGGUCACCAUAGAAACAAGCCUGAGGCAGAUGCUAGUAGAUCUGAGUAGAUACAGGUUCCCCAUCACAAGCGAGUCCCUGCAAGCUUUGGAGCCUUCCAAACACAUGAUUUUGGAGCACAAGUCCCAGGUUGACCUUCUGCAACAAUGGAUUCCCCAGGAAAAGACGAGGGAACUGUACUCAGUCACUUCUGAACUUCUCAGCAAAAUGGUCACCCUGGAAAUGAAAGCUAGAGGCCAUGAGAGGUACCUGAACAACAGGCAGUGUGUGGAGGACCUCAGGGAGAACGUUCAGGAGCAGGUCCGUCAGGCCAAAGACGACAGCCUGGCACUGGACGAGAAGUACCAAGUCUGUCAGACCCUCCUCGUCCAGCUUCCUCUUAUAAAGUAUAUGUCUGAGGAGGCUGGCUCCAAACUCCAGAUGAUCUCCACUGAUCUUUACCCGUCACAGCUGAGCACAGAGCGACAGAGACUGAAACAAAAUGAGGGGAGCCUUGACACCUUGGAGAUGAUGCUCUACAACAACCUCAGCAUCAUGGAGUGGAACCUGCUGAAAAAUCUGGACCUGGACUCCGAGAAGGCAGCCACUCAGGCCUUCCUCUGGAAGAGCCAGCAAGAGCUCCAGAAACUCCCCAUGUUGGAGCCAAAUGAAACCGAAAUUAACAACGAAUACCAAAGGAUCAUGUCUUUGAAAAAGACUGUAGAGUCCAGAAUGAGAGGACUGGAGGUUCUAGAGCAAAAGAAGGGAAAGAGACUAAGACAUGGAUCCCAAGAUCUGAUAGACUUAAAGAAUGCAGUCCUCUGUGAAUGUGACUCACAAAUGGAGAACGUCUGCCAGGCCAAGGAGUCUCUGAGAGGCUACACGUGUGCUGUUCAACAAGCAGCACAGUUCCUGAGGGACAUCGAGGUCUCUCUGCUGCCGCCACAGGGCUCUGCUGGACUCUGUUCUGGACGACUGGAGGAAACCCAGCAGGCUUUGGCCUCACUGCAGCAGCAGUUCCAGACCCAUGUGGAGCGACUCCAGAGCCAAGUUACCCUGCACCCUUACCUGUGCCCCCAGAAGGUGGAGCAGCUCCAGGAGAAAAUUCUCAGCCAGCUCCUGGUGAGGAUGUCCACUCUUCAGGCAAAGGGACACAUACGACUGGAGUGUCUCAGCAGUUGCGCAGAACAUCACAGAAAAUACACCCAGUGCCAAGAUGAGAUCAUCCAGAGUGUGAAGAGCGCAGAGAACAGCCUCUCCCAGUUCAUCUGUCAAAAGGUCACCUGUCUCGCUGACUGCACUGACCAGCAAACCAAGCUCAGAGUUCUGUCUGAGGAUCUUGAGUCCCUGCAGAGUCAUCUGGCGGAGCUGAAGGAAUGGUGCCCAGAGCAGAGCUGUCGUGGAGGCAGGGAGGCCGCCGUGGCUGCUGUCUGGAAACGCGUAUCAAGACUACAUCGCUGCACUCAACAGCUGACAGCUCGUAGUGAAAGGAGGAUUGCAGAAUGGAGCGAAAUCACUAACAGUGUGGAGAAGGCCUCGGCUCUCUUGCAACAGGUGGAGGCAGAGCUCCCUGAUGGCUCCCGGGUGAAGGCCUCCACCGAGGACCUGCAGGACCUGCUGCAGUCCUGGGAACAGUACCAGGACAGACUGGACUGCGAACAUCGAGCCCUGUCGGCACUGGAACUGCGCACUGCCAGGCUGCUGGGUGUCCCUGCCCACCUGGAGCAGGCUCCGCCCACUCCGCUCUGUCAGCAGCUGCAGGCCAUACAGGCUCGAUACGGCAGUGUGAAGCAGAGAAGCAGGGAGGGUUUGAAGGCAGCCAGGAUGGAGCUGGAGGAGAGAGAAAAGGUCCGGGUGGAGCUGCAGGCCAUCCGUGUUUGGCUGGAGGCUGCAGAUGGUCUUCUGUCAGAGAUGGAGCAGAGCAGCAGCACGGAGGAGCUUCAGGAGGUUCACAGCGAGCUGUGUAACCAGAAGGCUUUACUGCAGCGCAUCAUGGAGAGCCUGAAGAUGAAGUACUCAGACAUGUACACUCUGGUCCCGGUGGAGAUCGACAGCCAGCUGCAGGAGGUCACACACUCACUGCAGCAAGUAGAAGUUAAGGUGGGAGAGGCAGUGGAGCAGAGCGGUCCCGUCCACAGGCUGGGGGCGAAGCUGUCUGAGGUCCAGGCUGGCCUCACAUCAGUUCAGAAAAGACUUGACCAGAGAAGUCCCAAUGUGACUGUGGCAAAAAUCACUCAGAAGCGUGUGUGGGAUGAGCUGGACUUAUGGCACUCGUGCGUGGCGGCGCUGGAGGUGGACAUGCAGGACUUGGAGAAGCCAGAAGAGGUGCUGACCCUCACUGAGAGACUGGUGGAGGUCCAGCAGCUCCACUCCCAGCUGGCCAAACAGGCGGAGCAGAGGACCACCCUCCUCAGCAAGAUCCAAACAUGGCUUCAGGAGCAUCAGGAGAUGAUCAGCAGCUCUAAAAGCUGGAUGGCUGAGGCCAAGUCGUGGCUCGCCACCCCCUGCACCUACACCACCGCUAAAUGUCUGAGCAGCCAUGUUCACACUCUGCAGAUGGUGUUGGAUGACUCGGCACAGAUCCGAACCACUCUGCAGGGCUUCGCCUCAGUCCUGAAGGAAAUGUCACAGGUUUGUGACGUCACAACUCUCCAGGAACAACUGGACGAAGCUGAUCACCAAGUGGCCAACGUUCAAGACCGCUUCAAUGCUCCUCUGUCUCACCUGGGGCACGCUGCGGACGAGGUGGAAGCCAUUGAGAGUGAAGUCAGGCAGAUGGAGAAUGAUGUGGCUGAGAUCAAGAUCUUAUUAUCGUCUCCAGAGACUUUCCCCAGCCCCAGAGAAGAAAGCCUCAAGGCUGUGGAACAGAGGAUCCAGUGCAUGAGGAGGACCGUAGCUGAGAUCCAGAAGUGUAAACCAGGCCUCUGUCUUCCAGAGAAGGCUGAAGACACUCUGAUUGUCUUCACUGUCGUGGAUGAGCUCCAGACUCUGCUGCUGGAACUGGAAAAGAAGGUCCCUGCUCUGUUCAUCCAGCAGCCUUCCACUCCGGUCCAAGCCAAAGCUCCGUCAGCAGAGCAGACAACCUCACAGCCUCAACUCCUGGAAUCCACUUCAGAGGAGGCUGAGAAGGAUGACAUGGAACAAGGCCAUAUCCGAAUUGUCCAUGUUAAAGAGGACGUACUGAAGGGAUCUGGAGCGUCACGGCUGAAUGUGGAACAGUCCUCACCUGAACAGAGACCGUCGCGGACACCUGACAGCACUCAGCAGAGGGAGCAUGACGGCGUGCUCCAGGCUGAGGAAGCCACAGAGCACAGAGAGGAAGAAGGUGGAGGAGGUGUUUUAUGGUGGCUCUGGGAUGCUUUCCUGGCUGCUUCGCCAGAGGAACCUGUGGCCGUUGUCCCAGAAGAGACUGAAGGUGUCGCUGGACAAAGCCCUAAAGAGACUGGAGAAGACAGACAGGAUGUUGAGGGUUCCCCUGACACCACAGAAGCAAGUUCAUCUGAAGCUUUGUCAAAACCCCUGGGCACAGUCCGAACUCAGUCAGUGCCUGAGAGCAUGGUAAACACAACAGCCUCCACUGUAAAAGUCUCCAAACCAGACGCUGGGCCCCAGCAGAAAUGUGUAGUCUCCUAGAUCUAGAACUUGUAUCGCUAGAACUUCUCACUUCUUCUUGAUCAAAGCAUUGCACUUUCAGCUUCUUCUAAAGCCAUGUGCAGAACCCCCCAGAAACAAGCAUAGAAUUCUGCUUCUUCUAGAAUCAUCCUUAGACUUACAGUUUUUACUCUAGAGCCAAUCCAAGAACUCCCAUUUAUUCUGAAACCAAUCACAGUGCCCCCGACCUCUUCUAGAACCUACCCUAGAAUCCCUGUUGUGUUCAGACCUAUGGUUCAGACCUGUCAUUCCUUCUAAGAACCAAACCCAGAACACCAAUGUUUACAACAUAUCAUAGCUCUCUCAACUUCUUCCAGAUACAACCUUAGAAUUCCUCUAGAAUCAGGCCUAAAUUUCAAAGCUUCCUCUAGAAUCUUAUGGAGGUCCUUGGAACUCUUCUUCUUCUUCUUCUUCUUCUUCUUCUUCUUCUUCUUCUUCUUCUUCUUCUUCUUCUUCUUCUUCUUCUUCUUCUAGAACAAACAAAUGUAGAGUUUUUUUCUUCCAGAGAUCUAAAGUCUGUAAUUUCCACUUCUGACAGUAUAAUUUCCCAGUGCCUUCUAGGUCUAACUAUAUAACUCCCUAUAGUUAGAACUUCAUGUAGAAUCUUCUAAAACAAGCCCUGGAACCCCUACCAUACUUCUUGCAGAACACUGAGACUCCCUAAUUCUUCUAGACCAAAGUCAGAUCCAGAACUCUAUAUGUCUUGUAGAGCUCUUGGCUUCUUUCUAGAACCAAUGUUUUUUUUCCACAACCAAACCGCCGAACUCCUCACAUCUUCCAGAACCAAAUCUAGAACAUUUCUUUUAGUGUCCUCUGGAAUGCUUGUAGAACAAGACUUUUUCUAGAACUGUUUUCUCUACAACUAAACUCAGAACUUUUAUUUUCUUCCAGAACUAAACCUAGAACAGAUUUUUCUAGAACCAAAUCUAGAGCACCUGAAUUGUUCUUGCACCAAUUCUAGACAUUUAAAUUGUUCUUGAAAUGUCUCAACCAUCAGUGCAUUUACAUGGCAAAGAAUUCCAGAUAUUGGCUUCCAACAGUACAGUGUAACAGUUAGUUUACAUUUGAAAUUUGAAUUAGGGUUUCUAACUGCAUUAUGAAAAAUAAAAUAGAGGACAGGACUAAGUACUUUAAUUGAAUCAGAUGUACUCCCCAAAUUACUUUUUUGUUUUUGACUACUGAGCUCAUUCAUCCUGAGAAUAAUUCUGCCUGUUGAUUGACGAGUGGUCACAACUGAGAUGUGGCUCAACAUGACAGCACAUUAUUUUGCAACUAUGUGAGAAGUGGUUGACAGUGACUGUUACUACUUUACCAAAAACAGAAAGCAGACUGGUCGUAUUUAGCAUGUGGGGUUGAUGGGUUUUGGUCUGUAAUAUGCAUGGACCGUAAUUCUGAUAGGCAAUUAUGUUUUUAUAAAAGGCAGAAACAAAGUGUACUAAUAGACAUAUUUUGUGAACCAUGUUUUUAUAAUGUAUCAUAUGGUGAUUUAAAAUAGUUAAACGUUUUGAUUGUUGACCUUUCAUUUACUAUCUGAGCUCAUUUACCAGCACUUAAAUAAAAAAAACUUGCUUGCUUACAUGCAUCUGCUAUUUGA